AUGGCGGUGAAGAAACUUUUGUCAUCAACACCGUCGGUUUACACGUUGAAUGUUGGAGGGAAAAUUUUCCAGGUGUCCAAGUCAAACUUUGACAAAAUUCCUCAGACCGCAUUGGAACAUGCGUCUAUGGUGAGCACUCGGACGUCCCUUGUCGGACCGGAAUGGUUUUUUGACAGAGAUCCCAGCCUGUUCGGUUACAUUCUGACCUUCUACCGCUUCGGGAAACUGCACAUGCCUCGCAACGUUUGCGGUGCGACAAUGAAGAAAGAGCUGGAGUUCUGGGGAAUCCCCGAGUCGAGCAUUGGUCCGUGCUGUUGGCGAACUUACGUAGACAUGACGGUGGAAGUGGAACAACGAGAGCGUGUGGAGAAGGAACUGCAAGGAGACGACGGAAUGGCGUACACCCGCGAGCCAAUCACGGCUGUGGAAGGAGUCAAACAGCGGAUAUGGCGCAUUCUGUAUUACAGCACUUCAACCAGAGUGGCUAAGGCCUGGGCGUUACUGGUGUAUUUCCUGAUUGUCGUGUCCGUCGUCUGCUCUCUGUUGGAGGAAUGCCCUGAGUAUCAGGAAUGGCGGGACAUCCUGGUCAAGUGUGGUUUCAAUAAGAAUGACACCGUCGACACCUCCGAGAUGCCUUUCAUCGCCUACGCCGAGGAGCGGUACAAAGAAGUGGUCAACACAAACUACUCCCUGUCUGAGGGACACGACUUUUGUCACACAGGACUCUCCGACAAGGACCUCAUGAGGCCUCUCAGGGAAAUCCAGUUCAUCGUCAGUCGCCCGAACGAUCUGCUCAUCGCUUUGGAUGGCUUCUGUAUCACCUUCUUCACUCUGGAGCUCAUCGCUCGCUUUGCCGUCUGCCCGAAUCGCCUGGAGCUCCUCAAGUGCCUGAUGACCAUCAUUGACCUGCUGUAUCUGGGCUCGCGCUGGGGGUAUGUUCUUACUAACACCCUGGUUCCUGUCAUCCUAGACUAUGACGUCAGCUUCGUCAUCCAUCGCAUCUUUCAGAUAUUCUCUUGCUUUCGCGUUCUGCGCAUCUUCCAAAUGGCGCGUAACGUGAAAGGCCUGAAGUAUUUCCUGCUGACCCUGAAAGCCAGUAUACCCAUCUUGGCACUGUUGUUGUUCGUGUUGCUCAUCUUUGCAACGGUUCUCGUGGACAUGGUCCGCAAAGUGGAGAAUCUUGAACAUGACAGAUUUCAGAACAUUUCCGUUGGCUAUUGGUGGGCUUUAGUUACGAUGUCAACGGUGGGAUAUGGCGACUUCUACCCCGUCACCUUAUUAGGUUACGCAAUAGGCGGUCUGUGCGUUCUACUUGGACCGAUAAUCAUUGCUUUCUUCGUUCCCAUUGUGUCGGGAAAUUUCCUCCUUUACUACGGAUACAAAGAGAGGCCAAUCGUGCCGACUGAGAAGUUGAACAAACCGGCGUCCAAUGAAACAAACGAUGACGUUCAGAUUGAAGAGGAAAAAACGAUCGAAGGACAAUUUAUUUACGUAUAA